AUGCAGAAAGUUCAAGCUCCGGCGUGUGUGGCGACGACAGAGUCAACGGGUGUUUGGUGGGCACGUGCAUCGACCGCGGCACCGAGGACAGGACCUGUGUCUGUCUGCCUAACCACCGCUCCCAUGGCAGCUACUGUGGUAAGCUCUCAUGGCCGCUCCUGUGAUCAGGAUUGGGAACCCAUUUCGUCCAUUACAGUCCAAGGCAGCGACUGGAGGUGCAAGGAUGUAUACAGCAUGUAUGGCCUCACGCUGCAGCAGUUCACCGAUAUGAACAAGGGUAUCGACUGCUCCGCUCUCCUUCCUAAGGGUCGCGAGCUCGUGGUGAACGAGCUUCUGCCAGCCUGCUCUGCCUUCUACUACGUCCAGCCGGCCGACACGUGCUCGUCCGUCGCUCAGUUUCUCAGCAUCACCGAGGAAAGCCUGCAGCAGCUCAACCCCGGUGUUAGCUGCUCCUCUCGCCUCCUUGCGUUCCGUUCUCUCUGUGUGGAGCGCGACCCAGCCAAGGGCAGGCCAACCUGUGAGAGUGAGAUACAGAUCAGCCGAGUGGUGGACUUCAAGCAGGUGGCGGCAUCCCAUGGAGCCACCAUGGUGGAUCUCUGCAGGCUCAACCCCUGGAUCUCCUUCCGCGACUCCCUACGCGACAUUGAUGGUCUUUGUGUGGCUGCCCGAUACGCUACACCUCCUCCCAGCGACGACACCACACCACCUCCCAGCGACGACACCACACCUCCUCCCAGCGACGACACCACACCACCUCCCAGCGACGACACCACACCUCCUCCCAGCGACGACACCACACCUCCUCCCAGCGACGACACCACACCUCCUCCCAGCGACGACACCACACCUCCUCCCAGCGACGACACCACACCUCCUCCCAGCGACGACACCACACCUCCUCCCAGCGACGACACCACACCUCCUCCCAGCGACGACACCACACCUCCUCCCAGCGACGACACCACACCUCCUCCCAGCGACGACACCACACCUCCUCCCAGCGACGACACCACACCUCCUCCCAGCGACGACACCACACCUCCUUCUGAGUACCCCGACGAAGAGAGUUCAAGCACCGGCGUGUGUGGCUACGACAGAGUCAACGGGUGUUUGGUGGGCACGUGCAUCGACCGCGGCACCGAGGACAGGACCUGUGUCUGUCUGCCCAACCACCGCUCCCAUGGCAGCUACUGUGAUCAGGGUUGGGAGCCCAUUUCGUCCAUCACAGUCGCGGGCAGCACCUGGAGGUGCAAGGACGUGUACAGCAUGUAUGGCCUCACGCUGCAGCAGUUCAUCGCCAUGAACAAGGGUAUCAACUGCUCUGCUCUCCUUCCUCAGGGUCACGAGCUCGUGGUGAAAGAGCUUCUGCCAGCCUGCUCUGCCUUCUACUACACCCAGCCAGCCGACACAUGCUCGUCCGUGGCUCAGUUUCUCAGCAUCACCGAGGAAAGCCUGCAGCAGCUCAACCCCGGUGUUAGCUGCUCCUCUCGCCUCCUUGCGUUCCGCGCUCUCUGUGUGGAGCGCAACCCAGCCAAGACCAAGCCGAGAUGUGUGAAGGAGAUACGGAUUGGGCGAGUGGUGGACUUCAAGCAGGUGGCGGCAUCCAAUGGAGCCACCAUGGUGGACCUCUGCAGGCUCAACCCCUGGAUCUCCUUCCGCGAUUCCCUGCGCAACAUUGAUGGUGUAAGUAUGGGCACAUCUAUAGCUUCUCUAUUGUGA